AUGGCACACUACAAUAAGCUUUCUGAAAUUUGUUAUAACCCCAAGAUCACGGCUUGGCGUUUCAGAGUCAAAAUACACAGAAUCUACCCUUUCUAUUUCUAUCUUACUAGCAGUGGACCUUUCUAUACCUAUGUUCUAGCAGAUGAAGAGGCAACUAAUCCUUGGUUCUAUCUAACUGCUACACUCUGUACGCAAGCCCAUAUCAUUGAUCCUCUGAACAAUCGGCUUUUCAUAGACUUCAAGAACAUCCAUGCAAUCCCUCACAUGGACCACAAGGACCGAAACUAUCCCAUAGAUACAAUGGGAGUGGUUUUCAACACGGAAGACCAUUUCGAUGACCCUGCAAAUCCAAGGAUGGUGUUUUACAUAAAGGAUAACAUUCGGAUAAAAUGUGUGGCAACUGGCGAUCAUGCGUAUGCCUUUCGGGAUGGUCUUCAAAACAUGAGAGGUCGUGGACAGUGUUCUCCAUCUUUGUACUUGUCUUAA